AAAAGUGAGUGUUUCCAGAAAAGGUGCACGGUGUAGGAGCUCUAUCAAUACGCUAUUCCAAUUAUAAUAACCCUCACAACCAAGCUGCAAAUGCUUGAGGUUACCAAACAAAGGCAGCUUAAGAUUUAUUAUUGUACCACAAGCUAUCGAUGCCUACAAACAAAAGAGCAAUAUAAUACCGUCAUUGAUCAAAUUAAAUACUAGUGUAUCUGCAACUUUGAAAUAUUUUAUACGAAAUAUCUCACAUAUAAUACCUUAAAGUUACAGAUAGAAGAUAGAAAUUAACAGAGAUAGUAAAAAGGUAAUUUAAACUUGUUAAAGGAUGGAUCAAAGAUAAAACUAUGCAUUGUAUCUGUAGUCCUUGACAUGAGAUACAAACUUUGGACAUUAGACAACCAGCUGAAAAUACCGAAUAUAGAACCAUCGAGAUAAAGUUCUACAACAUCGACUUGAGCAUUGACUAGAUUGUUCAUUUUGGUGAUGGAGUAGAUGAACACCGUAGAGUCCACAUACGUUAGAUGCUCGAGAUUAGGAACAUCAAGCUCAAACUCUCUCCUUGGGAGCCUUUUAGUCGUAAAACUCGUAAGAUCAAUCCACGUAUUACCAAGAAAAUUGAUAACUAAUCUACGAAGAAAUUGGGUACAUUAAGCACUUUUCCUAGCCUUAGACUGUGUGCAUUAGUUACAUGACUUACAUCACCUUCAGGAACAUAAGAGCAAUCUACCAUAAAUAAUUGAGGAGAGUUAACUACGACUCCGCAAUCUUUUUGCACCUCUAUGUUUCUAGAGAUCUCGUGUCAUUCCUUCAUAUCUUACCUUAUAAAGUUAAAAGUGGUCUCAAUGAUCUCGCGUCUUACCAUCCAUCCACGUCAUUUUGGCGGCGUUUUAAGGUGGGUCAACAUCAGAAAUUAAGUUUAGCUAAAUUUAUUAGUCACAUAAAAAUCUUUAAUACUAGUAGUAACUAGUAAGGAAAUUGUAAUCCUCCAAGGUCAAAACUAGCAGCCAAUUUUAAGUCUUGAAUAAUGGAUUGAAAUUUGUAAAGGUCAAAACUAGAAGCCAAUUUAUAGCAGCCAAUUUUGUAAUAAACUCUGUUUAACAAAUUUAAUGCACCCAAAAAAGCUGAACAUCGAAUGGUUUUGCUCACAUUAUCUCCACCAACUUAGAUCCUGUGCAAAACUUCAAUCUCUCUCCUCUGGCCAAAAACUCCAUACCCAGAUCACCAAACUUGGUCUCCAUCAUUAUGGCCCAAUACCCAACUCCCUUGUUGAAAUGUAUGGCAAAUGUGGUGUUAUUGAUCAUGCCCUCAAAGUGUUCGACGAAAUGCCUCAAAGACAUCUUGUAUCCUGGGCUUCAAUUCUUACUGCUUUUAAUCAUGCUGGUUUUCCCCAUAAAACGCUUUCUUUGUUCCUUGGAAUGUGGGAGCUUGAUAAGUUACUGCCUGAUCAUUUUGUGAUUGCUAGUCUUGUUAGGUCCUGUGCUAGCUUGGUUGAUGUUAGGCUUGGUAAACAAGUGCAUGCUCAUUUUGUUCUGUCACCCUUUUAUGAGGAUGAUGUUGUUAAGUCGUCGCUUGUUGAUUUAUACUCAAAAUGUGGGUUCCUUGACUAUGCUAGGAUGGUUUUCGAUUCGAUUAAGGUGAAAAAUACGAUUUCUUGGACGGCUUUGGUCUCGGGUUAUGCUCGAAUUGGACGGAAAACUGAUGCUGUGGAGCUUUUCAGGAGGAUGCCUGACAAGAAUUUGUUGUCUUGGAGUGCUUUGAUAUCUGGGUUGGUGCAUAGUGGUCAUGGGAAUGAUGCUUGUAGUAUCUAUAGUAAUAUGAGAAGAGAGGUUGAUCAUGGUGCUGACCCAUAUAUUCUUUCAAGUGUUAUUGCAGCAUCUGCUAAUAUGGCAGCACUACAGCUAGGGAAGCAAUUACACUGCUUGGUUCUAUUGCUCGGGUUUGAACGUAAUUUGUUCAUCUCCAAUUCACUCAUUGAUAUGUAUGCCAAAUGCAGUGAUCUUUUAGCAGCAAAAGGCAUUUUUUCAUGUAUGUACGAAAGAGAUGUUGUGUCUUGGACUUCUAUCAUAGUUGGGAUGGCUCAACACGGCCAAGCAAAAGAAGCAUUGGCUCUGUACGAUGAGAUGGUUAUUGGUGGUGUAAAACCAAAUGAAGUGACAUUUCUAGGAUUGAUUUAUGCAUGUAGUCAUGUAGGUUUAGUCAACAAAGGCCGGCAUUUCUUUGAUACAAUGGUUCAAGAUUAUGGAAUGAAGCCCUCGUUGCAUCAUUACACAUGCCUAUUAGAUGUUCUUAGCCGUUCUGGUCACCUUGAUGAGGCUGAAAAACUCCUAAAGACAAUGCCAUAUCAUCCUGAUGAAGCUGCUUGGGCUGCUCUGUUAAGUGCUUGCAGGAAACACAAAAAUACAGAGGUUGCUAUAAGGGUUGCUGAUCAUUUACUGUGCUUGGGGCCUGAAGACCCUUCUUCUUACAUUUUGCUUUCUAAUACAUAUGCUUCUGCUUCUAUGUGGGAUAAUGUGUCUAAAGUUCGCAAAUUGAUGUCUACUAUGGAUUUGAAGAGAGAGCCUGGUUAUAGCUGUAUUGAACUUGCAAAGGAGAGUCAAGUGUUUUAUGCAGGGCAGACAUCUCAUCCUAUGCAGGAAAAACUUAUUGGUUUGCUUGAGGAGUUGGAUUUGGAGAUGAGAAAAAGAGGUUAUGUUCCAGAUACUAGUUAUGUUUUACAUGAACUGGAGCAGCAUGAGAAGGAGAGACAUUUGUUGUGGCAUAGUGAAAGGUGGGCUGUAGCAUAUGGCUUGCUUAAAUCUGCUCCUGGUACCACCAUACGCAUAGUGAAAAAUUUACGAACUUGUGGGGAUUGUCACACGGUUUUAAAAUUCAUAAGCAGCAUCGUAAAGAGGGAGAUCAUUGUUCGAGAUAUCAACAGGUUUCAUCAUUUUAAGGAUGGUAGCUGUUCUUGUGGUGAUUUUUGGUAGGCACUUACAAGCCGAGUAUCUGUAUACAGGACGUAAUCUACCUCUUCAUUGCUCAGGAACUCGAUUAAGGAGUAUUAUAAAGGGAUUGAUCUGUUGCUGUAAUGGUAAAGACGUAUUUGGCGAUUUAAAGAAGACCCUCAAGGAAGAAUUUUUUUUUU